UGGCUUCAAACACUGCAGCCACCGCCACUGCCACCAGCAGGUCUGUGCAUACUUCCAGCCGGUCCCGGGGUGCCAGCCCCGCGGGGGGCUCCCCUCUGCCUGUCAGGGUGGCCCCCCCCGAGUGACUCCCUGCCGGACAUGGGCACCUUCCUCUGCCCCCGCUGCCGCUUGGCGUUCAGAUCCCGGCCGCUGCUGCGGGUGCACAUGGAGAAGCUGUGCCUCGGGCCCACGGCACCCAGCAGCUCCCGCCUCCAUGGGGGGGACCCUCUGCCUGCGGGGGGAGCGCAGAGCACGGCAAGGAAACCACAGGACAUCUCGGUCGGGAUGUCCCAAAGUACGGACGACGCUGAAGCACGCCAUCACUCUGUGCCUCGUGGGGUCCCAGCAGCUGUGCGGGGACAGCGGGGACCAGGGCGGGCGCGGGGAGCUCCCCUGGGGGACGUGCUGACCCCCCACGAGAGGGCCCUGCUCCGCACGGCCGACCCCCCUUCUAGGAGGGUGCCAGUGGAGGGAGAGCCCCCCCGGCAGCCGCCGCAGGAGCUGCUGGAGGCCCACGAACGCCAGGUGGCCGAGAUCCGGGCCAGGACCCGGCAGCUGGAGCUGCAGAGAGAGGGGCUGUGCCGGCGGCUGGCGGCGCUGGGGGCCGGGGCACCUCCGAGCCCCCAGCCCGAGCACGGGGAGCCCGAGCCGAGCCAAGGCCUGCAGGACCAGGCCAGACAGGUCCCAACAGCACAGCACAGGGCCACCCUCCACCUCGACACCCUCCUGCCGCCCGCAGGGCCGCUGGCGGCCGAGGCCAGGGCGCUGCGAGUGUCCUACCUGCGCUCCGGGGGACACGACCCGGCCAUCCUGGACCAGCUUCUGCACCUCCAGCUGGAGGCCACGGUGCUGGAGAAAGGAACCGCGGGGCUGCGCAGGGCCAGGCGGAUGGCUGUUCCAGCAGAGCCCCCGGGCACUGGCACUCACGGUCUGGAUGCGGCGCUGCUGGCUGUGGAGCUGGAGAACCGGCGUCUGGAGGAUGAACUGCUGGCACUGAAGGUCAGAAGGGAAAGGAGAGUGGAUGCUGGCUCACGGGCAGCCCAGUGGCACACGGAGGAGCUGGCCCGGCUCCAGGCAGAGGUGGGAAUGCUGCGAUGCCACGCAGAGCAGACAAGGCCAUGGCUGCAACCCCCUGUCUUCCCACACCCUAUAGCCCCCCCACUGCCACCAGCCCUUGCCGUGCCAGAACUUCUCAUGGAGCCCCCCGGGCCAGCACUGGGGCUUGGCAGACCCACAGCCCACGUGCCCCCCGGACUCCCCCUCACCCCCUUUGUGGCCCUGGAGGACCCUCCUCCUGCUCAGGAGCCCCCAGCACAAGACAGAGCUCCCCGAAGGUGAGCCAGGACCAGGCCAUGGCCCCUGGACUGCCCUGCCACCCCCUCCACCAGCAAACGGGGGCUCCAGUAACUGCUGGGAUGGGUGGAAUGGUACAGGACCACUGCUGGGACCAAAGAGGCUCUGGGCAUUGCAGCAGGAAAAGGACAGGCAAAGGCCCAAGCCAGCAGCAAACUGAGUGACACAGCUCAGCCUCCACCUUAGGACAGAGCCCACAGCCAGAGUGGCUCAACCACUCCUGCUCCCAGUGGUGGUUUGGGGACAGGCAGGGGGCACGGAGGGGCACAAUAAAUUCCCUGCCCUCAGGCACAUCCCCACACCCAACCUCUGUAGGGAAAGCCUAACCCAGGGCAUGCACAGCUCAGCCCUGGGAACCAGCAAAAACCAGAGCCAGCUUUCUAAAGUGUUAGAAGCCCUGUGUUACAUGUUAAAUAAAAGGUUCAUUGCUCUUCA